CUCAUCACUGAGUAAAUAAAACCUGCGAUUUCGAGGUUUGGCAGCGAACGGCACAGGCGGAGGGGGAUCCCUGCCAGUGAGCGCCCGUGCGACUGCAGCGUAGCGUGGGUUAGCUGCGUGGAUGAGUGUGGACUCCGGCUCCAGUCAGAUGUGGAGGCCCGGGGUUGCGCGCUCGCACUGCGGCGGUGUUCGCCAGGCUGCCGGGGACUCACCGGCGGGAUCACCUGGCCAGAUGCGAACCCUCACAUUGGCUUGUUGGGGGGAAUAGCGGCAGGAUUCUGUGGACGACGGCUGCCAUUCACUUGGGAUGCGGAGUGGCGACACACCUGACUCGUAUAGGGAGGAGACCAGCGUGCUUCUCUUCUUCAGAUCAGUCCGUCCACCCCGCUGGCUCGUGACUAUGCUGCCCAGUGGACGAUCCUGGGACUGAGACGCGACCCUCCUAACACAAAUGGCCAGGACUCAGUUUCAGCUCGCCUGCUGAAACGAUGGGGAGCUGCUGGAGCUGUCUGUACAGAGACCCCAUCCGAGACAACCAUCUCACCAAAUUUAAGGUCACCAAUGUGGACGAUGAGGGUAACGAGCUGGGGUCAGGGGUCAUGGAGCUCACCCAGACCGAGCUCAUCCUUCACACAAGAAAGAGAGACGCCAUCAGGUGGCCGUAUCUCUGCCUGCGAAGAUACGGCUAUGACUCCAACCUCUUCUCUUUUGAGAGCGGGCGGCGCUGUCAGACUGGGCAGGGAAUCUUUGCAUUCAAGUGUUCUCGAGCAGAGGAGAUCUUCAACCUGCUGCAGGAGCUGAUGCAGUGCAACAGCAUCAACGUGGUGGAGGAGUCCAUGAUGAUGAGUCGCAGUGGUCACACGCCAGAGAUGGAAAUGGCUCGGACGCCGCAGACUCCCAACCCUGCAGCAUUCCCUGUGCAGAGUUUUCCCAACGGAUACCCGGGCUACCCAAUCAGAGCGGAGUCCUCUCAGCCUUCUCUGUCCGACGAUCACGCUCACGGCUUCAUGGGUAUUGAAGACCAGACUCACACGUACGUGAACACGGUCAGUAUGGAGGGCGACCUCUCGAUGCGUCACUGUGUGCAUUCCCUGCCGGAGGUUCGGCCCGGCGCUUUUCCCGAAGCCACGCGGGGAGCCAUGCCCGUGGGAGGCCAAGGAAAUCCUCAGUCUAGUCUGCGCUGCUGUCCGCUGGAGGAGCAUAAAGACCCCCAGGUGUUCCUCCAGCCCUCCUCACAGGAAGUCAAGUUCAUGCUGGGUCCGACUCCGGCACAGCGCCAUCUGCUGGAGAGGGAGCGGCACGGCCACGGCCCCCACGGCCUGCAGCCAGUAGAGGGCGCCACAGGCUCAGAGACAGAAGGCGACGAGCCCUCUAUGCACAUGUGCAACUCUCACUCCUAUCAUCACUUUCAUCACCAUGCACACCGCCAUCCGGCUCACGAGCACGCAGAUGGCUGCCAGAGCGCCGAGCUCACCUACGAGAACAUCAACGGGCUGAGGAGCAGCAGGAAGCAGCGGCUCAGUCCCAGCAGCGUGUCCCAGUCUGUGGGUUCCAGCAGCAGCAGCAGCACUGGGGACAGUCACGCCCACUCCCUGUUGCACCAACAUGGCCAUGGACCCUCGUCCCUGCCCCCACAGGGUUACCCCUGCGAGAGGGGCCUGGGCGGAGGCCAUCGGCGGACUGCUUUGCUCAACUACGAGAACCUUCCAUCACUACCGCCAGUGUGGGAAUACCGGGCCCUGCAGCGGGACGAUGAGCAGGAUGAAGACGAUGAUGAGCAGGAUGAGGAGGACUACGAGGAAGAGGAGGAAGAUUUCGAUGAAUACGAAUUCUCAGAAGAGCCAGGGACCCCCAACGGGUACCACCAGGACGGCCGGGGCAUUCACAGAGACGCCCUGCAGAACUAUGUCAACACAGAGCAGGUCCAGCCUCCUCGGUUCCAACAUACUUGCCCGCCGCAUCCGCAGCCAUGUCCACCGGACAGAGGGGGGAGGAUAUUCAGCUUUGACUUCGGCAGACGUUCCAGAUCAGGGGUUGGAGGCUGCGAGCACGGCCACAUGCCUCCAUCGCGGCAGCUCAAUUACAUCCAAGUGGACCUUGAAGGAGAAGCUCCCUGCCAAGCACUCAACAGCGGUGGUGCUCAGACUCAGCCACAGCCACAGCACCAGCGCUUGCCGCCCAAAAAAUGUGCUCAGCAAGCACCACGGCGCAGCGAGUGCUACGCUGUUAUCGACAUAAAGAAGACGGCUGCCAUGUCCAGUCUGCAGAAAGCUCUGCCCAGGGACGACGGAACUUCCAGAAAGACUCGCCACAACAGCACAGACCUGCCUCUGUAACAUGCUGGUCAGAUUGAAGGGAGGAGAGGACGGCAGGUGGAGGCUCAUUUUAGCACACUGGACCCUUCACUGUCAUCCAUCGAGCGUCAGGCUGACCACUACAGCACAGGUACAUGACCAGAAACUCACUGAAACCCGCCUGUGCGAAUGAAACAUCUCUGCAGAGAUAGAAAUGCCAUUUAUUCUCUGUUAUUUAUUAGAUAUGUGUUGUGAAGAUCUUUACAGUUCUGCAGUUUCACUGCAAAAAGUUUUUUUUUUUAUCCGCAUAAAAUGACGUACAUGCUAAGUGUACAUGCUAUGAAAGUCAUGUGCAUGAUUUUAAGCAGUGACUCGAUGAGGAGACCUCAGUUUUCACUGAAAACAUUCUCACAGUUUUUACCUUUCUGACGUCCAUCUCCACCACCGAAUCAGUCCCAGUCUGUCGACGUGCAGGAGUCACCGCCAUAUUUGUGACAUCACAGGUGCAGCUUCACUGAGGUGUCAAGAUCACAGCGCUCAGCAACACAACCUUUUAGUGUUACAACAGCGCUAUGAAUAUUUUCACUCGUCACAAUAUCAUGUUUAUCUUCUAAUAAUACAUGGUCACCCAACAUCUGAUUUUUGAAUUGGUAGUUUUACAACUACAAGUUUACAUUUUCAUUAUUUUUUUUCACUAUUGAAAUCACUAUUUUGUAGGUGCUUUAGGUUUAAAGCACCUACACUGAAGGUGAUCUUGAUGGUUCGGUGAUGUCACCGUCGUGAUCUCAACACUAUGGUGUAAUGUCCUGCGAAGCUGACGUCAUACCACACUCCAGUCAUCCCUUCAUCAUGCAUUCAUCGAUCUUUGAGGGUUAAAGAGGAAAGUGCUCAACAUUCACUUGAGAAAAAUAAUGUUGAUGGCAUUCAUCAUCUGUCAAGUAAUAUUUAGAUCCUUUUGUGUGAAAAAUAAAAGACCUAAAAGGAAAAGUAUCUCAUAUUAUGAUGGAAUUCGUAUCACGUUUGUCAGGUGGCAAAACAUUUUUGUGGUAGACUGGAGACUAAACUCCAAAGACAUUUUAAGCUGUGAACAGAUUUGAAAUAUUUAAGUUUCAGAUCAGAGAAGUCCAGCAAAACUGCCUCAAAAUCUUCUUAAAAUCUCUAAACUUCAUAUAUAGAUUUUUUUUCUUUAUUCCAUAAUCAUUAUUUGGAUUUUUGAUCCACGUUACCUGCAAAGUUUUCUGGUACAAUCCCAUGUGUUUUCAGGAAUUUCAAAUUAAUAUAAGUAAAAUAAGUCUUUUUUUCUCAUAUUAAGGAUAAAAUAUAUCUGUUUAUCAUCAUCUUAAAACACGUAUUCCUAGAUUGAAACGUUAUUAGCAUGUGAGCACUUUAUCUUAAUUUUGCACUUGUUAUAAUAAAAUAAAACUAAACUAAAGGAAAAAAUGAAUCAGAAAAUAAUUUGUUCAUUUAGAGGGAAUUGCUGGUUUAUUUUUCUGAAGUGAAUUUGAAACACUACUGGGGUUAAAAACAACAAGCAAACAAAGCUACCUGUGGAGGAGAGGUUUUGGUGUGAGAUACGUGGAGGGUCAACAUUCAUAUCUCCAUAGUUACUCACUUUGCUGACCAAUCUUUGUAUUUGAAAGUGAAGCCUUUUGCACUCAAUCCCAAGGAAUUGUAUUUGUCAUGUUCCAGGAAUAUGAAACCUGCACUGGCCAGAAUGAAUGGGCACAUUAGUAGCACACAACUCACAUGUGAUUGGAAAAGUAGCGUCUCGUCCUGGAUGAGUCCUCCACGGUUGCUCUGGAGGCCGAGAUUUCCUGUCGUGUCCACGAAAUAUCAGAUUUAUUGACAUAUGUUGAUGAAGACAAUGAAAACCUCAACUGAUGCCAUGAGGCUGGGCACUUAUUGAUCAGCCAUCAGGUGUGAUCCAGUAUGUUGUAAAGUUUACCAGUAAAUCUAUUUAUUUUUUGUUAUUUAUUUACAUUAGAAUUGUACACGUUUUCUUGACGACCAGCAUUUUCGUUAUCCAGGUGUUAACGAAGACCAAAGUUUUCCUUCGACUUAGCACUGGAUACCGGUGUGUUACUGUUAUAACUGUCCUUCUAUUUAAAGCAGAGAGAGGUUGUAUUUAUAUUUUCAGUGCCAAAAAAAAGUAGUUCCAAUUAUAUGUAAACGAAUCGUGCCAUUUGUGGACUGUGGAGAAACGUAAAUCCUCACGUUCCACCGCAUUUUUGAUCAUUCUAUGUCUUUCCGUUCGUCUUUUUUUUCUGUGUGAAUGCGUUUCUAAAAAUCAAUCGUCAUUCAGGGGUGUGCGGCUGGGGGUUGAUUUACCAAGCAGGAUUGUGGGUUAUUUACUCAGAAUGCAUUUUGAGCAAGUGAAAACAGUGAAAGUAAAAAGCAAAUAAUGUUUCCCACUGCUUGGACAUUAACAAGUCUUACAGUGUCAAAUUAAUUUUACACGUCAGGUUCAUGUUGAAGCCAACUAACUAAAUAUCUUAGGUUGUGUCAGUGUUUCAAUGAUUAUAAAAUAGUAUUAUUAAGUGCGUCAUUUCAUUCAUUUGCUGCUUAGACUCGUCUUCAUCGUUUACGUCGUUUUCAUGAAAAGGCUCUUUAUUCAGCAUGUAUUCAGUCCCAUCUAUAACCGUUGUCUGACGACUGAGCUUCUUCAGUGAAAGCGGUUCUGCCAGUUGGUCAGAAGGGGGCAGUGUUCAGCGGCCCUGGUGGUUUGAACGCGUUUCAUGCGUCUGUGCGUGGUGCGACUUCAGCUCCACCCCUUCAGAUAAGACAGCAGCACUUUAGUUAAGACGUCCGGAUUGCGCGUUCUUUUUAAUGACAGACAAGUGUUUUACUAUGUUCUAAAGUUAUUGCUACAUAUCGGUUGAGGCAGAUGAAAUAAAGAGCAGUGAGAGUUUGGUGCCGACUCAGUCUCAAUAUCUUCAUUAAGUUUGCAAUAAUCCAAACCUGUAUGUGGUGGAGAUGCACCAGCACUACUGACAGUUUCACAACAAUGUUUGUUUUUAUACACUUAGCAUCUUUGAAUCGCUUCAGAAUGAGUCAACCUUAAGGCUUCUGCUUUUUGUUGAUAACAUUUUGGGGCCCCCAUCAGGACUGGCCCUCACUGGGGGAGUGGAUCUCCUCCUCGCUGCUUUGGAAUGUGUUUGAUGUGGACAAACAGCUGCCUGAUAACAUCUGAUGUGGAAUGCACAUUUUGAAAACUCCUCCGCUAAACUUGUUAACUGAAAGGUUUCCUCUCAAGCAAGGUCAUUCAUUUUACAUGUGUUCUCAGAAAUGAACUUGAUUCUCCACAGGAGUAAACACAUUUUUCAGAGAGUGAAGGUUAGUGUUUAUGAUGGAGAGCCUCAGAAAUUCUUUCUAAUGGGCUGGAAUCAUAUUUGAAAUCAUAUUUCAUUGACUUAAUGGCCGGUUUAGCUCAUGAAUCUAUGAAUUUCCAUCAAUAUCGCGCCUAUGUUCAAUAUGUUCGAGAUACAUAAGCCACUUAUUUGUGUUCAUCAUCUCCAAGUGCCAUAACUAUUGCCAUUACUGAUGUUUACCAGCAGCUGAUUACAAUAUUCCAUAUCCUGUGUUACACGUUAUAUUUGUUAUUAAAACAUUAUUCAUAACAUAAAAAUGACAUUGAGCCAGCACAACUCAGUAGUUCAAACCAUCCCCAUAACUCCCCUGAAGUAUUAUGUAAAAGGAACUGGAACGCUUGUUCUUAAAAAGGGCUUAAUCCGUGUGUAAUGUGCUGAGAGGAACGGGUUUAUUUGAUAUUCCGCAUCAAUAGCUUGUGUUUGUGGCGGUUCAAAGCAUUUUAAAAGAAGGAGGUGUGAGGGUUAUGCUGCUUAUUAAUCAUCCACAGUGAAAAGAAUCAAUUGAAUAAACAGCUCAAGGUGAAGUUCUGUUGUAUUUAUUUGAUCAAAAAUGAUUCAGAGGUUGCAGAGCAAUACAGGUGUUUUAGGUGUGAUUAACACCACGCACUGUCAGUUUGGAAUACAGGGCAAAACUGGAUGAGCAUGGGAUGAAGUUGAAAUUGUGUUCAAUUAGAAUCCAAAUUUCAUUUGAACCUGUGGCUCUUGUUGUCAGAGCUUCAACUGCAGUGCACUGUGGGACUCUCAGCUACUCCGUAAAAAUGCAUUUAAAGACAUACCUGCUCCAGCAAAUGGUAGCAUCCAAUACCAAAUGAGAUGCACUGAUGUUUACACUGAUUCACUGUUGAGUAAUUCUGGAAGAAUUUGGAGGUCGGAGAUUCUGUCGGGUGUAACUCUAAGUCUAAAGUGCAGUCACGGCCAGUUUACCUGAAAGGCUUUAUUUCAAAAGUCCCUGUGUCAAACAUAUUGUAUUCACUCUUAGAGUUGAUCACUUAGGUAGGUCGACUGUUGAAUGAAACUAAGGGAGCGGUUUGCUCUAUCGACCUGUUCGAUCAGACGGGGAGCAUUUUAAAACAAGAGCUGAGCCAAAAACUGUCCAUUCACUCAUCGAUUUCAUUCACACCCGACACCCUCAGGCGUCGGGUGUUUGUUAGUGGCGGUGGCUGGCUGUCCUCUGAGGACCUCCCACUUCAGGUGGUACAGGAAUACUGAGAAACCGUAACACCUCUGACUUGGCAAAGCAUUUGACCAUGAAUGAAUGUGUUCGUCGCUCACGAUGCUAUGUCGCGCUACAUAACAAUCUGAGUUGUCACCAGCAGCUCGUGCUACUGAAGAAUGUUUGAACUGCGUCCAAUUACUGUGUUCAGUUGUACUUUGAAACAUGUUGCUACUGAGAAUUCGCACAAGACUGAAGUGAGGCUGCAGGUAGAAAGGUCAGCAACAUCUUCAUCAGGGGUUUUCAUCCUCAUUUUCAGCACCAUCAGUCUUGUUUAAUGCCGUCUUUCAAAGCGAUAUCUCAAGUAACCAGAAAACUGUACUAUCUCUUAUUGUUAUUAUUGUGUUUGUUUGCUUCUCCGGCUUGUUUUGUCGGGGGUCUCCUGUUAAUCUGAGGGUCGUGGUACUGACCUGAGCUGUACAUUUUUGUGUCAGAUUUGUAACCAUAUGGUGAAUUUACAAAUGGGACGAGUGCCAAAUACACCUGAGCAUGUCAAAGUCGGGGAGCUCUGAGGAGCCGCAGGUGCUCCGAUGGAUCAGGUGACUCUUCUGGAGGUACAAAUGCACAUCAAAGGUUUAACCAUUCUCAAUAUGUUUUAUUUUCCCUGAAAUAUAUUUGUCUCUGUUAAAAAAGAAAAAAGAAAAAAAUGGUUUCCUUUGAUAUUUGUAGUAUGUUUCCGUGUCCUUCCAUGGCUUAUCAAUGCAGUUAUCAUGGUGCCAUUAGAAUAUGAAAACGGUGAUUUGCUUCAUUUCGUCAAACUGUUUGGGUCAUUGUCAUUUGUUUUCUUUUUCUUAUAUCAUUCCACAAGAUAAGUUAUCUGCGGUCCUCUUUAACAACCUCAUGUCCCCAAAACAAAGUGACCCUGACAUUUGUUGACUUUUAUCAACUAUAGAGUGUGGAUUUGUCCAAGCUGUAAAACUAAAUGUAUUCCAAUAUUAAA